AUGCUCGAGGGCCACGUUGCCGAGCUGCUUGCGAUGCAUCUGAGCCGCUUUAUUAAAGAUGUAAACGCAAAUCAAUUGCGGAUUUCGCUGUGGUCCGGCAACGUAGUACUGCAUAAUGUGGAGCUUCGCAGUGACGCCCUAGAGCGCAUUGCCGCGCUUUUGCACGGCGAGCGCAGCGGCGUCGAGACAACGGACGCGGGCGCGUCCGCAUCAGGAGCAGCCGGUGCACCUAGCCGUUCAUCGAAAUCGCACGAGGGCAGCUUGUCUACCUCAACCCUCUCUAUGCGUAUGCUACUUGCACCCUUCACGGUCGUGAAGGGCGUUAUUCGACAGCUGUCUAUCACCGUACCAUGGGCUUCGUUGGAGAGUGAGCCGGUGCAGGUGGACGUUACGGGGGUUGAGCUGGUCCUUGGUCCUCUACGCGCACGUCCUUUCAAUGCAAAGGAGGAGCAGGAGCGGGAGCAGGCAAUCAAGCAACAGCAGCUCGAGCGGUACGAAAAGGAGCGUCAUCGCCUUUCUUGUGAAGUGGCAGCGGAAACGGUGAGCGAGUCAACGUCAAAGAUGACAGCGAGCACGGAGUCGGGACAUGUGAAGCGGGGACAUGGGUCCGCCGUGGCGGGCACGAACCGCGCAUCUGGUGCUUCGUGGUUUAGCUGGUUGUGGGAUUUUGACCGCCUGAGCCAGAUUGCCGUGCGCAACGUAAGGGUGAACUUGCAGGACGUUUCCAUGCGCUGCGAGUUCGACUACGAGGGCCUGCACCCUUCCUGCGCGUCUGCGUUCUGCGUCUUUGUAAAGCAGGUGCAGCUCACCACGACGGAUGAGAAGUUCAAGGACGUGUUCAACAAAAACCUUCUCACGCCGCUGUGCAAGAGGAUUGCGCUGUCAGAGGUAGUUGUCAGCGCGCACGCCAUCCGACAAAGUCCCCGCGGGGCAUCCUGUAGCGCAAGAGAGGGCAGAAAUAAUGCGGUGCCCAGCGCUGUAGGUGAGCCAGCGUCUUGCGCGGCUUCAUACGAUACCUACGCGUCGCGCUGGGCGCUGUCCACGGCAAUACUGAGGGUCCACACACUCCAGCUGCAGGUAAAGUUGGUACCGCCCGAGUGCGUGUCCAGAAACGCGAUUGUGGAGGAGAUGCCGAUGCUGUCGGCGAGCUCCACAGAGCUGACAGUGAUGACUGCUGACAGCAUCGAAGUCGACGUGUGCUUUGGUGCCGUGCAGGUGCUUGAGUCCAUGUGGCGCAGCUAUCAGCAAAGCCUGCCUUGCGCGCGAUAUCGAAAGCGUCUUCAUAUGCUGCGGCUCACCGGGAGACAUGCAACGCAUACCCGAGCCCUUCGUCAGGCGUCGGAGCCCAAUAGCGCGAGCCUGCCACAGGAUGCUGCGACCGCCUGGCGAUCAUUGGCGCAGCAGAGGUGGCGGUUCGCGAUACGGUGCGUGCUGGACGAUGUGCGGCAGCAUCGGCAGAUCUUCGGUUUGCACGAAUGGAAACGGUGCGAAGUAGUGGAGGCGAUGGUGCAAUUCGGGAAGCUGCGUAGAGCCUACACCGCGUACUGGAAGCGCGCUAAGGGGGUCAUGUGGGCCCCGCCCUUGAGCGCGUUGGAGGAGAAGCGGUUGAAGUCGAUGGAGCGGCAGCUGUCAUUGUGGCAGGUUGUUUUUCUGCGGUGCUUUUCUCGUGCCCAGCUCGUUUUAGAGCAAGAGAGCUAUGCGCGGCAGCAGGACUACAUUGAAGAGGCCCGCCAGCGCAUCAAAAGCGGCUUACUGAGCUCCAGCGGGACAGGCAGGGGUGGUACACCGACAUCGUUUCUGUGGGAUUGGUUUUUUGGCAGGUCCGCACGCAAGAAUGAUACUGCAACUCUGUCGAGGAAAUCGUUGGCCUCCGUCGCGGGAUGCGACGGCAUGGGCGUGAUAUCGGUGCCUACGUACAGAGGCUUGUGUUUUCGCGACUUGGUGGCGCUGGAGUGGGACCUUGGGCGACGCUAUGCACCCCCGCACUACGCUCGGUUGGCGCAGCCAAGGGCACCACAAAACCGGCUGCCCAAGCUGGCAGCGGAGAACAAGCUGUACUUUACGUUGCGUGCGCUUUUUCCGAAGCUUAUCCUCCGCCUCGAUCCUAUCUACUGGCCUCUGACACACGAUAGCAGUGUGCCAGCGACGCCGUCCGCUACCCCGCUGCAGCGUGUUGAGCAGCGCCUUGUUGUCCAACUACGCGCGAUGGAGCUUUUCUACACCACCAUUCCCGACGACCGGCCAGAAAAGACGUCGCUGUCCUUUUUUCUUGGCGCCGCAUCGCUCACCUUUGAGGGCGCGUUGCGCUCCGUCCUUUUGCAGUCAAAAGAGCAGUUCGGGGAGGACUACGUGGUGGUGAAGCGCAACGCGCAGCGCACCCACAUACACGUUUGGGUGGCUCCGCAGCUGGUGAUUUGUCAGCUGACGCACGAGUGGGCCUGGUGGUACGCGGAGGUGUCCGCCUUCGUGCAGUGGUUUCGGGCGGUCCAGCAGGCGUUCUAUGUCAGUGGCGUCCCCGAGGCGUCUCCUGGUGCGAUGCCCGCGCUCGCGGAGGGCGCGCAAAGUGAUCUGCAUGGCGCUGCCUCCGCCGGUAGUCGGACGUCGGCGUCGAGCUCGAGCACGUCGACUCCUCGUGGCCAAUCCGCACACACGACGACGGAGACGACUGUACCAGGUGCGUCGCCGGUGCCACGCGUGCUUAACGUGACCAUCCAGUCCCUCGACGUUUGCGUUCCUCUUUUCGCGCGUGACAUCGAGAGCUCUGACUUGGAAAUAUUCAGCCGUCAGCCGUCGGCCUUCUCCUCGGCUGCACUACCGGGGUCGCUCCCGGGCACAAUGCCCUGCGACAGCACCUGGAAGUGUGGCGAGUCGCAGGGGCAGUUGUCUACUGAAACCGCGUCCGGCGAUGGCGACGCGGGUGACGGGAGGCCACACGAUGAGGCAAUCCUGCAAAGCGGCGAUGCUGCGCCCGCUGCGCUGUGGCUUCACACAACGGACAGCAUUCAGAGCUUUCCGGUUGAUGGCGACACCGACGGGGCGGAAUACACGGAGUCUUUGUGCUCCUCGCCUAGUGCCGGUUCGGGCACGUUUGCGCGCGUCGCACCAGAGCGCUGCUUCUUGAAGAACGAGACCUGUCUUGUGCUGUCAGUGUCCACCACGCGGCUGUGGACUGUUGCACCUCCAGCAAAGCGGUACAAGGGAACCGAGAACGAGUACUACCUUUGCAUCGGCGACCAAAGCAAGGCUGUCCGCGUGUUUUGCCAAAACGGCUACAACACACACACGCACACCACUAGCCGGCAGCUCGAGCUGCUCUCCUUUGUCGCUGGUGAGGUGCGGCUGAAUCCCAAAGAGCUCACAGUGCUGCUCAACAAGGGAAUCGACGCCGUCGCGGACCCCUGGGUGUUUGCGCUAGUGAACGAUGCACUGCUGAAGCCGACGGCGUUGGCCGCCGCUGACGCACAUGGGCAGGCUGUGCGCGCUCUGAUGGCCGAGCUCCGACAGGCAGAAUACAGGUGGUCCGGCACACGAGGAGCUGCUGUUCCGUGGCGAUUGGCGACCUCGACUUGUGUGGAGCUACAAGUAGACAGCGAAUCGCCGCCCGUCCUUCGGGAAGUGCCACUCGACUACGCGCGGCACAUCCUAUCUGCUCUUUCCGCCCCGCUCUCCAUCGCAGCGAGCUUGGCGACGACAGUUGUCCAUGCUAUCUCAAGAGGCGAGCUCGCUACUGGCGUCUUCGGCGGCCGAGUUUGUACUGUUGGCGUGGGAGUGGCGCGUCUUCUUAUUCGCUCUGAGGCGAAUGUGGACCUCGGCGAGUUGGUGCUGGUAGCCCCCGAGCACUUGCCACCUGCCACGGCACCGUACCGCGAGGCGCUUUCUGCGCUCGGUGCAGAGGAGCCGCGCGCGAUUGAGCUGAUCUGCAACUUUGCCGACAGCCAGUGGCAUGCCGUAGAGCAGAGCAGCUACGACCCGUUACCGCUCUGCCCAGCAAGGGAAAAAGUGUGCCCUCGGCUUCUUCUCUCGAUCCCGGACAUCACGAUGACCACCACCGCGGGGCGGAAGCUGCUCACCAUCGAGCACUUGACGCUUGUGCAGACCUGCACGGCGCCCACGAAGCCUGAGGCGGCGCUCACGAUCCAAACCGUGUCGGCGUUCUGCGACGUUGUCCUGGUCGAACUGCUGGAAGUGUUAAUCGGCACAGUGUGCACCAUGCGGUCUAUCAAGCCGCCUCCGCAGGCGGCAGCCUAUGUCGUGACAGGGGCGUCGCGCAGCGAUUCCGCGGCGUCUGAGAUGCCGCAAAGCCGCUUCUUCGGUGUGCUCCCGAUCAGGGUGCGCGUGCACACUGCCCGAUUUCAGACUCCCCUGAGCAGAGACGACGUCGUGGAUGCGCCGUACGUGGAGGUGACUAUCACGAUAGAUGAUGCUCUCUGCACCCUUGAGCCCUUGACAGGCGGCACCGGCCGGGGUGGAAAGCAUGUGCAUCUCCGCUUCAGCGUCUCGGAGGCGAUGCAGCUCGCCGAUUACAUUGGCGGGGAACCCGAAGUGCGCAGUCUGCUUUCGGCGUACCCGUGGGCUGCCUGCACCGGUGAUGGCACUGCACACGCCCUACAGUGUGUGGCCGACGUCACGCUUCCCGGCUCAUGCGUCGGAGACACCGACACGUCUACAUCACCGCGACCGGGGGUGCCACCGUCCACGACGUGUCGCGUCGAAUUGGUGGGCGGUGCGAUUCACGUCUACUGCCCAUUCCUCUACUUCUACGCGGCAGCCAUGAAAGCAGAUGAGCGAAUCGUGCGUCUCGGCGAGCUGGCUCGAUCACUGCUGCUGCGCCACGGGUAUACCCGUGCGGCCUGCUUUGCAGAUGGCACCCGGCGAUCGAGGGUGGUCGGCGGCGCUUGGGCGUCCCGGGAGGCGGCGUUGCCGUUGUCGCUCUCGGUGGAGGCCACGAUAUCGGACCUGGAUGUUGUUCUCGCGACAGAUGCAGCAGUGCCGAUUGACAUGACUAAACCGAACACCUUCUGUGUGGUCCAUGUUGAGCAGAUCGUGUGCGGGCUGCAGCAGACUACGUCAGGGUCGCCUGGUGCGUCAGCCACUUUGGAGACACAGACGCACGCCUCCGUCGACACAAAUCGCGUGCAGCUGCUGGAUUUGUUGACCGCACGGUCGCGCGAUGUCUGUCUUCCCGAUGUGAAGUUGCGCGCCAAUAGGGGCGUGCUGCUUGUUCCGAAGGAGGAUCUUACCGGCUACACGUAUCAGCGCGGCGCGCCCGAUGACUGGGCUUUUCUGGUGGGAGUGCACCCCGCAUCCGCGCGCUCUCCACAGCGCGCGGCAUCUGUACGCGAAGCAGCCAGUAGCACUGCAAGUCGGCCCUCUGACGUGACGAUUCACAUGAGCGCGCAGCAAUGUCGCAGCCUUGUCUGCUUCUUCUCACAUAACGUGGCCCGGCUCCCCAUCCGUUCAACCAGGCGUACGCCGAGAGUCGGCGGUGGCCAUCUGCAGCACGCGUCGACGGCACCCGCAACUGUCACCUUUCCAAUGGGAGGAUCCAAUCCGCUUUCGUCGUCACGCCACGGUGCGGAAGCGCCGUCGCACCAGCAAGCCGCUCUGUCGCCGUCGGUAACGCUGCUGCUCACCAUUCCUGCGGUGUCUAUCCUGAUCGACACAGAUGACUACGCCGCGCCUGACAGGAGCGCGCGCCAGUCAACGAUGCCGCGGUCAACCAAGGAAGACGAAGGCGAAUUUAUCGCUCCCGCAGCGCCGCCGACGCGACUGCCGUCAACGCGCCGCGUCAGCUACGAGGUAGGGCUGCGCCGCGGCGGGCAACUGUACUCCGCCGUGGGAGAGUGCUGGUCCACGUCACCGGUGAAGAACGGUCAGUUGAGCGGCGUGGAACUGGUGGUGAGAGAGGAGAUGCUGGAAAACUCAACUGGAGGCGCGGAUGUGACGGAGACCACAAGUACACACGUCCUUCUGACAAUCGACUUGGUGGGUCUGGCGCUUCUCGAGCGGCGUGCUGGCCGAGCGUCGAGGGAAGUGGACGGCGAUGCGAGGAAUGACGCCGCGGUCGUCAAGGUCGCUGCCACGGUGCGGCACGCCCACUUCCGAGUGCCACACAUCAAGUGGUGGCUGCUGCUGUGCAGCAUAUUUUCCGGCGUCUGUUCGGCAGAGGGCGGUCGCCAAAGCACUGCGGCACGCACACCAGGCAAAAGCGGAAGUGCCAGCACUAUCGCAAGAUUUGGCGAGGCAGGCCAGAACGGAAACGAAGGCGCCAGUAGACUAGGCAGCAGCGCCUUCGGCGAUCAUCGUGGGACAAGCCGGGGUGAGUAUAUGGACGGGAACAAGGCGGUGUGGCCGACACCACAGGAACACCUCGCGUCGCGGCAGCGUCGCUCGCGGCGGCUUCACGGAACCGUCGAGAUCACACACACGGAAGUCAGUUUUUGCACCAUUGGCUGCGCCAACGGCGACCAACAGCCAUUGUGCCGGUUCACUGUGCCUGAGGCCAGGCUGACAGCGUCGCCCCUGCCAGCUCUGCAGGAAGGCGGCCGUGCACACCUGAACAACGCGGAGUACCUUUACGACGAGUUUGUCUUGGAGGUUCCCUGUUGCCCGGAGUUGUUGCUCCUGUGUGUCUCAGGGGAGGCUGAUGGCGCCGCGGGGCUGGAGUCACAGCUCUCGUCCGGGUCCAGCUACGCCUCCGUACUUCGCCGGCGGCCUGCCGAAGCCUCUUCCACGGCAUCGGCUGCCCCCGUCGUAAAGGGCAGCUUCUGGAGGCAGGCUGCCGCUGCAGCGGUGGCCCCCGCCUCGAAGUCGCCGCUGCUAUCGGCGCAUAGUAGCGAGGCCUGCAUUUCUCUUGGCCUUGUUAGCUUCUCGGACGCCGGUAGUUUGAGAUCGCUUCGGUACGGGCGCUGCUACCAAGUAACGGAUCUUACCUUACACCGCACGUCUGUGGUGCAGGUGCGGGUGCAGCGCAUGCUUCUCGACAUCCCUGUCGUCCCACUGUUCUCCCUUGCGCGCGAGGUGGUGAGACAGGUGAUGGAGACGCAAUCCAUUGAAGGAAUGAGGCCGCACGCCCGCGCUGCACCGCCUGAUGGCAGAGAUGCCGAGUCGCCGGCGCUCACGUACAUCGAUAUGGAGGCGGAGCUUACGGAUGUAGAGGUGCGGCUGUCUGCAGAGGCUACACCUCUAGGUGAGCCAGCGGCGAGUUGCGACGCUGGCCGUGAUCCCGUUUCCUGGAGCGUUGCCGUCAGCUCAGCUCGGCUGACAACGAGCGUCCAGCUGCAGAGCGUUCUCACAAGCACCCGAGUGCCCGCGUUGCUCGUUGGCGAUGGGCUGAGUCGUGGUUGGCGAGUGCAGAUAUGGCACAUGAUACCGCAGCUGGUCGUUCAGGACGUCGUCUUCUCGACCAACAGCGACACGCAGGCGUGGUGGAGGCUUUCAGAUGUGCGCAUAAAGGCUUCGCUCCCUCUAACGCGCAGGAUCAUCUGCGUGCGUGGCAAGGGAGCCGGAGGUAUGGUCGAUGAGCUCGAGCUGUCCUCCUCGGCUGAGCAAUUGGCGCUGCGCUGGCGGCACGGCAGCACGGCCAACGGUUUUCAGAUGGAGCCGACAGCGGUGACGGCGCUCAACGGCCUGCACUAUCACGUUUUGGCGAGUCUCCAUGUCGAUGUGGGCGUCGAGAGCGAUGGCGCCGUCGGCACGGCGCCGGGACACCAAGCGGCUUCCGUACAGGUGCGUCUGUCUACCAUUUUCGCAUUGGCAUCCGCCGCAGCGCGGCUGGUCGCGUUGUGGCGGCAGACACGGCACACAUGCGAGUCAAGCGUUGCAGCUGCAGUGAAUGCAGGCACCACGAGCAGACCCGCUGGCUGGUGGCGUCCCGAUGCGAGGCAGCGCCAUGGGCUGAUUACCUGGUAUGAAUUCGAGCUGGGCCUCUCUGGGCGGCGUGUGGAGUUGAUCAUGGACACAGCCGCGGCGACGGUUAGCGACAAGGCCGCCUCAGCGCUGACAAGAGACUGUGUUCUGUGCGUUUCUGUGGACGGUGCCGUCACCGUGCAGGUGGACAGAGGGGCGGGCGAGGAGGCGGUGAAGCGAACGACCGUCUCCGACAUAGCUCAACGUGACGCAGGGUCCGACGAAACGAUGGCCGAGUGCGAUGGCCGCGUUGAUGACGAGAGUGCGGUGGCUGUGGCACUGCACACGCUCUUCCGCCUGCGGACGGCGCCGGUGCACGUCCACGACAGGGCUGGCAACCUACUAUUGCACGUCUCGGCGGUUCCCCAGGGCGGCAUGGCGGACGCAAUGGUGGCUGACUACGCCUCUGCGGCGGCGCGGCUGGACAUCGACGCGGGGCGGGUUGUGAUCCACGCAAGCUCGCUAACCGCAGCCGCAGUGGUGUGCUGGUGGAAAGCAUACCGCGCGCUGAAGCGGAGGUGGGAGAGCGCCGUAACCUGCAUGAGACAAUCUUCGGCGUGUCCACCGGAGGCGACACGCAAGUCAGAGCUGUCUAUGGGAAGUGAAAGGGUAUGUAGAUGGUGUUGGUUGCAGCAAAUCAAUGCGGAGGUUCGCCACAUCGAGUUGGUGCUUGCCCCCGCCGCCCGUGUGUGUGCCCAGCGAGCACGCAUUACGUUCUCUCCAACGGACGUGGGGAUAGCCCUAGACGCAGCGGCGGCGCUGGAACUGCGCUGUGAAGAGGUAUGCGUGUAUUCGAUGCUGCCGCAGUCUCGCGCUGCUCACGAGACGACACCCAUAGUCCUCGCUCGGACAGUGUCGCCGGUGUUAGUGAUCACGCGUGCUCCAAAGCAGCGCCCCUUAGUUCAGUACCGUACGCCAUUGGUGUCGAUCAUGAAUGGCGACGGCCACAGCUGGGCCCUGUGCGCCUUCCGCAUUGCAAAGGUGGUGACGGGCACAGUGACUGCUUUGGCUGCCCGUGCGGAAGUCACAUCUCUGCACACGUUAGAGAGCGACCCGCCGACGGAUGGUGCGGCACCGUCAUGGGUGGCGUGGAUCCCCCGUGCAGAGGUGGAGAUCCACAGGGCAGAGCUUCGGUGCUUCGCACCCCACAGUAAGCGCACCUGCUCCGCCGCGUCGGUCGUGUGCUUGGCGGCGCGGCGGGCGGUUUUCCGCUGCGUAGAGUCGGCAAGUCAGAUGGACUCCAGCAGUGUUGGCACACUUGUCGGCAUACGAAUGGAGUCGUCUGCAGUGCUUUCCGCGACCUAUAGCAGCGGCCUCUCGACAGACGUUAAAGCGCAUCCCCUGCUCGACGACGUGACGACGACCUUCGCCCUUUCUUCUUCCUCGCAGUCAGCCUCGGACCCGGUCGAGGUGACCUUCUCGGCCGCCGCAGCAACGGAGCAGAAUGCCGUGUGUCUUCGCGUGCUCGCUGGUGACGCCUUGGAGAAGACGGUGGCCGCACUUUGGCUACUGGCGCGACAAAAGCUUCCGCGCCGAUACGCGCAGGCGAGAGCGGCGAAGGACAGUGCGGCUGCUGGCGACAAGGUCCGCCGUGGGUCAGGCACGCUGUGGCACGUGCGAGCAGCGGUUCCACGCGUGCUGCUGCGUUGCGUCGUAUCGUCUGCAGCCGUGUCCUCCUCAGCGCAGACGCUGCGGCAUCUUUGCUCGAUCAGUGUAGAUGACGUACGCGUCGAGCUGUAUACUCGGCGUGGCGGUAGCGAGGGUGGCGACCGACAACCGCACGCGGAGGUGUGGGUGGGCAGCGUCGUGGGUGAAACUGUUGUCACAGACGCCGCAGAGGAACUGGAGGAACGGGUCAUGGAGAUGCCAUGGACGUUCUUGGAGCUGCGCCCAUUGGUGGAGCCGAGUGGCGAUCGCGCUCCCGGCACCGCGCCCGUCACUGGGGGAGCUACCCGCACCCGCAGCAAUGACCGCGCGGGGUUUUCCGUGGUGCAACGAUCUCUCUCGCUUUCGACGGGAGGCGAAGAGCACGAUAGUGCAGCGCAGGACAUCGCUGCCGACGAUGCGACAGCUCUCGUGAUUCGUCUUCAUGCGCUGCAUGCACACCCAUCCAUGACAUUGCUCAAGACGCUAAUGGAGCGCGUGCUACGCCCCUUUGUUACAGGUAUUUCCGCAGCGAGUGCGGACGCGUCUUUGACCCAUAUACUGGACGACUUGGAGGAUACUGUGUUGCGUGUCGAGAGUGCCACUGCGGUGCUGCCGGCAUCUGGUGCGCUGAGUCGCCACGCUGGACGGGUGCGGGUGGUCGAGGUGGCGACAGACUGGCACCUCGACGAAGACUUGCGGCUCGGCGGUGAAGGCGGCUUCCAACUACACUUCUGCGGCACUGCUGGGCGUAGCGUAAUCACCGUGCGCGGUGGCGGUGCCGGCGGUGCGGGUGGUGAAAAGCUUCAAGGCAGCGCGGUAACGAUCUUUCUCUGUUUACCAGUGGGUGCGAACGGAGAAGUCUGUCCUGCCAUACGGGUUGACCCGGACUUGACGGUGCGCUUCGAGAAUGUUCGGGUUGUCGUCGGAGAGAAGGCACAUGCGGUGAGGCAAGACGCGUGCGUGCUGGAGGCUUAUGUGGAGCUUGGCGAGCGAUCCCUGUGCCUCCUGCCUCCUCCACUUGUGGGCGUGAGUGCUUCGCCCUCGACGGUCGCCACGGACGCGCAGGUGGAGGAGGCUGCAGCACGCGUCUCGCAAGCCAACUCCGGCGCCGCUGCGAGUGAUACAGCUGUGCCCCAAGUGCCGACGACCUCGCUGUGGGCGGUGUCUACGAUAUUCUCGGUCAACGUUGCUGUUGGCUUCGACGUGUCCCUCACGGCUGGCGCGCGACGUCUUGCGGCGACGGGUGCAGUGAAAGGACGGUAUCGUUUCGAAGAGAAGCGAAACCCGGAGCGCACACUGCGCAGCGAGCACGAGGGCGAAUGCACCAUCGUUUUGCACACGUGUGUCUCUGAAAGCGGCCCCUUGACAGACACUCCUGUCGCCGCCACAGCCCAGAUGUGUCUCGCGGCAGCCGAAAACCAACACCUGGUUGUGCUGGACUGUGGCUCGACACGGUGGCGGUUGCCGCUCGGGCACGCGCACGUGUUGAUCGAACUAGGCAGGUUGGCGCAACAAGCGCUCUGCCAGACUCCUUUCCCUUCGCCGCCACAAAGGCCGUGGCAGCCUCCAGCUGCAGGUGACGCGUUGGCGCACGGGCCCACACGGCAUGCCACUAGGUUGGAUGUGAGGGCCAAUGUGCCGUCGUGGGCGCUCACACUGACCAGUGACGCUGGUAGCGCGCUGGCGAUACUGCUUGUGGAGCAUGCUGGCCUGCAGUGCUGCACGGACAUGGACGUCGCAGACGUUGUGCUGACGGCGGAGGCGACAGUGUCCCUGCGAGAUAGUAUCGAGCUCGAUGAUGAGUCAGGCGAAGACCAGGGGGCGACUCUACGCUACGCUGCGGAGAGGUCGAGCGUGGCGUCAGCGAUGGCAGCGCGUGUGCUGUUCAGUGCCCAGCCACACCUGUCCCUCUCACUCACGCGCUUCAGCCCUGGCUGCCGGUCUUUGUCCGUCUCUGUCCACGUCGACAGCGUUGUCGCGACGCUGCCUCUAGUGACCGCCGCUCGGCUUCUGCGGACUUCUGCUCGGGAGAUGGACGCUGGCAAGCUUGUCUUCUGCAAUGAUAGCGGUGUUGAGAUGGAGGUCGCGGAGUCGGCACAGCAUGCGGGAGCACCUCUCAGGAGCGUCUCGCGGUGGCGCCUGCUUGCCGCACCGGGACGGCUUUUACACACGAAUAUCCCUCCCUCCUGUGCAGUGCUGAUGUUGACGCCGGUAACAGCCCCUGUCAGCGACGUUUCCUCUACUGCUGGUCGGAAGGAUGGCGAAGGCAGCGGCGGCGUUGCUGUGAACCUCCAAGCCUUGGCCGAUGGUGCUGUGGGCCGAGUGUCACUUCCGGGCUACACUUCUGCGCUGGGAGCCUUGGACUUGGUCGUGCGGAAGAGCGUUCGUGACAGGCUGGAGGUGGUGCACUUGACAAGCUCAGUAGUCCUCGCAAACGUGUUCUACGCCGUCCCCGCAGAUGGGAGCGCCGCGGCGCCAGCAGCAGCGGGCAUCGUCAGCGUGACUGCACACGGCGCCCGGCUAACUGUGCCGCCGCGUUCGGCGCGAUACGUACCCCUGCCUCUUCUUCGGGAAUGCCUGACGGUAGAGCUCGACGGUGGCGCGUACGCGCCAGUUGCGAAGAUGCUGACGUGGGCGAUGAUGGCGGAUGCCAUGACAUUGCUGGCUGAUCAGGCAGCCGGCGGUGGCGGCGAAACGAGCGGUGGGUCAGGAAACGGUGGCAGCGCAUCACGGAAGAGCGGAACGGCUGCCGGCUUCAUGCUCUACGGCAACCUGGAUGCACAAGGGAGGGACCGCGCCGAUAACGACAACGGUUACGGUGGAACGUUGCGCGCCCCCGCGUUUUGCGAACGUGUGCGCGCUCUUGAUGCCUUUACACUGUCAUUUCCGAUGCUGCUUUCCCCGCUGACCCCGGCUCCCAUGAAGCCGCUCUGCGGCGAUGGCGCUGGCGACGGCGACAACGAUGCCACAUUUGCUUCCGCACCCGCCCGACAGUCGGAAGCUGCCGUAUCUUCUACUGAGAAUACCGCCAGGACCGGGCGCGUGGUGCAGCUCACAUGGCGGCGCCGUUGCUCACGGCUCGUCGCGCCCCUCUUUAGUGGGAGGCUUUCGCCCAGCGAGUACACAGUCGCCGUGGGGCCAGUGUGGACGCUCUGGAACUGGACUGGGUGCCGGCUGCGUCUUCGACUGCGGACUUCUCGCGAUGGAGUGGUCAGCUCGCCAGUAAAGGCGCCUCAAGGCACGUUGUCCCCGCCGUCAUCCCUGCUUACAAGCAGAAGCAGCGAUGCCGUGGCCACAGCAGAGGUGGAAAACGGUGCGUGCUUUCAGUGGACGCCAACCACGCUUGACGCUCUGCAGGGCACGGUGUUCGCCUUCUUUCAGCUGAUGGCGCCGUCACUCGCGGGCGGGUCUACGACCCUGCCGAAGUCGCCCUCUUCCACGCAGUGGUGGUCCGUCGCCGCGCCCAUCUCGUUGCAGGAGCGGCCGCCGUUGUACAUACGGCUUCAGCAGGGCAGCAACACAACCCGCGGCGCGGUUCGCAUCGAGCAACACGGUCCGUCAAGCGUCGUGGUGCGGUGCGCCGCGCUGCUCCGCUCGGCGUUGGCGCGACCAGUGUACCUCCGGGAUGCCGAGCAGUCUCAGCCUCUGCUCGGGGCCGGCGCACACGGCUGCGUGCUGCCGCGGCAGCAGGUGCCUCUCUUCUACUCCGAGUAUGUGACCACACUUGCCCCGCACGCUGACCUGGUCGGGUUCACGGUGGUUACAAAUCCUGUAACAGGCACUGGGGCGCGCAACGCAUCUCUGCAAGAGAGCAACGCCUAUUACCUUAAAACGCCGGUUGUGGCAACAUUGCUUUCGGCACAGGAGCUGGCGCAUUGCACGCGCUUUUACACAGUCUCCGCUGUGUCCGACGCACAAUUCGAGCGACCUGCUGCCACGCUGCAUGGGAAGAACGACAAAGACCUUGGAGAGCAGUGCGUGCCAGCGGAAGCACUGGCGUGUCUGUGGACACCAGAGCCGCCGACGGUGGUGCAGCUGAGCUCACUGUGUCGCAUUCGCAACACACAUGUGCACCGCACGCUGCUCGCGAUGCCGUUCGACGCGUCGGCGCCGAGCAAUGCGGAAGGGGCAAGGCCGGCACCGUCGAUGGUCACGCUCAUCCCCCCUGGCGAGGAGCGGGAGGUAACGGAGUUCUGUCGCCACGCAAAGGAGCCAGAGAUGCAGUUCUGUUAUAGCACAAUUGGUGGUAAGGCUCCGGCGCACGCGUGGUCACCGCCCGUAAGGCUGCUCUCGCUCGCCACGGCGACGCAGCCGCUUGUGCUGAAGCACACAUGCGUGCCGCGCGACCUUCAGGGCGUGAAGAGUGAUGCGGCGGCAGAGGAGCCCCGCUUCAUCAUGAACCCAGUGCGUCGUCGCGUGGGUGAGACAGUUGCGUUGGCGGUGGAGCACUUCCGCUGUCUCACGGUGCUGUCAACCAUGACGAGCGUGUCCUUGUGCGUGAGUGUUGGGCUUCAGGCCGCGCCACCGUUGAAGAUUGUGAAUCGUCUCAACACCACCUUGCAGUUUGCUCAGUGCGCUGUCACGACAGGCUCCGAUCUCGCAUCGUCACCUGCACGGCGGGGCGCCGUGACCACAGCCUUGUGCUCCUGCGCGCCGCGUCCUUGCAGCUACGUGGUGGCGGCAGGGACGAUGAGCUGUGGCUGCUGGGAGGUGCCGGUGCUAGAGCUACCAGGGCUACGGGUCACAUUGUACUCUAACGUGCGUCAAGGCUUCACCGUCAGCCAGGAUGUGGACCUGCUGCGGUGCGCGGCUUCGCCGUCGUCCGGUGCGCGAGUCGGGAACACAGACGCAUAUGUCUACGUGAGCCUCGACCACCGACGGCGUCAGUACACGGUGACGGUCGCGCCAUCCCGCCAACUGGAGGGUCGAAUGUUGUUUCAGCCCCGCCGGCUCACGCAGCUGGAGGUGUACGUGCACAGUUGCACCGUCUAUGUUGCUGCGAUGACCCUGCCGAGAGCGGGUCCCUUCGCGCGCAAGAGUCUCAUCGCGCAAGCCGCACGGGGCCGUUUGCGGCUGCGUCGUGGCGCCCGUAGUGGUGAGAGCGUCAAUCGUGACACGGUGCCGCUCAUCGCUACAGACGAAGACGUUCUGACCUUCCUCGAGGGGCACGAACUCGAUGUUGUUCUUUUGCGCCUCCUCGGGUUUUACGGCAGCGCUACCCUGACGGAGCGUCACCUGAUGGGGAGCGCAUCGUUGGCGCUGCUGGAGGUGGUAGACUGCACCACCGUCGAGGCUGCCUAUCCUGUUAUCCUCCGGGUUGGCCCGCGUGCAGGCAGCGGCUCCGCGACCACCAUGGCAAGCAAUGCUACUGUGGUGCCCGAUGCUGAGGCUGAGCAAGGGCAUGUCAGCAGUCCGAUAUUGCCGGACGUUUUCGGGGGAGCGGCGACGUUGACGUCGUCGACAAGCGUGCCACACUUUAAGGACCCUUCGUGGUUUGCGUUGGAGGUGCAGCUCACUCGACCCGGACAGGCUGCAGGCGUGGAUGGCGUUGUCAUGCUUCCUGUGCCGCGAUUGCGCGUCACGGUACCACCCAUUGUAGUGCGCGCUGACGACGACCUCCUUUUUACUCUGCGCGCUACAGCGGAGCGACUCGGCGAGGAGUGGGCGUCAGCAGCGCCUAGCGAACAGGGCGGCCACGCAGCGGAGAGGCGAGGCAGCCUUUUCUCCACGCCUGGGGCUGCUGCGGCUGACUCCACGACGCACUCGUCUCACCGAGCGUGCAACGUUUUCGUGUAUGCCCUGCAGGUGUCUCCUAUUGUUGCAGAGGUGACGUACACCCGUUCUGGCCACUGGCGCUACAACCCUUUUCAAGGGCUGGCGCAGAUCCCGGAACAACUCAUCCCCUCUGUCGAGGAUCUGUCGAUCUCGCUGAAGGAGGUUCGAUUACAGGAGGUGGAGCUGCGAUGGAGCCACUCGCUCUUCGGCAUCGCAAAGUCGUUCCUGUGGCCCCUCUACCGCACGCAGCUGCUGCUCCAGAGCUACAAGGUUCUCGGCUCACUGGAUGUACUUGGUAACCCUCGCGCGCUGCUCGGGAGCUGGUCCCGCGGUGUGUGGGAUCUCGUCACAAACUCCUCUGGUCAGAGUCGGUGGACCAGCACCCGCGAGUUCUUGCGCACUACCACAUCAUCGACGCUGCACUCUGUCGGGGUGCUGGCGCGCAGCAUCGGCAACCUUGCCGGCACCUCACCCAUUACAGUCGCACCAAGACUGUCUUGUGGUAGCUCCUCAAGUGAUGUCAUCGGACAUGCCGUGCUCGCGGCACCGCAGCGUCGCGGUGUCCUUGGCGAGGUGCUGCACGAAGUUGGCGGCGGCAUCUCGGACGCUGUGACGAAACCGAUCCGCGGUGCUCGCGAGGGCGGCGUCAGCGGCUUCCUCAUCGGCAUCGCCGCGGGUGUGGCCGGUCUCGCGGGCCGCCCGGUCUUUGGCUUCUUUCGCGGCGUCAGUGUCACUUCAGAGUUUUACGCGCGCCUCCUGGGUGGUUUGGGCGCGCUAACGGAGCAUGAGGCACGCCAUCUAGGUCUGCAGCGCAACUACCUGAUUGUGUCGACCAGCGCCAGAGGUGCGCCGGUGUGGGAGGCGGCUGAGGAUGUGGAGGGACAAGAUUCCGGCACAGGUGCCGCGACACAUGUGAACCGUGUGUCGCGCGCGUCGUUGCCGAGGGGCCAGUACAUUCUCACGCACGCCAUGUACGAUCAGGUCUUUGCAGACGUUCCUCGGUGGCGCCGUGGGGAGGAAACCAAUGUUCGGCUCGCUGUGGGCCGGGUCGGGAUCUACAACACGGCGCUUCACACACCGUAUGCCGCCUUGUGCACCUUUUUGUCUCCGAGCGAGUUUCGAGACGCCCUGCCUUGUGCCCUCACAGCCUUGCUCGCGGGCAACAUCAUUAGCUUGCUCGCCUGUAACUGCACCGUUGGCGGUUUCCGAGGGAGUGCCGUCGUUGAGAAGGGGAACGACAAGGCGCCCGACGCGUCCGACACCGGCGAAGGACAGGGGACACAGGCGCGCCUGGCAUACGAGUGCGAGCGUGCAUCGUACAUCAAAGCCUCGCUUGGGAUGCGGGCAUCGCACACAUACGUGGCGGAUGAGGUGUUUGUGCAGGUCUGCUCUCUAGAGGAGAUCGAGGCCGUCUUGAAGGAGACGGAGGCGCAGAAAAAAUACUCUCGGGCGCUGGCCAGGGCGAUCGGUGCCGCUGGCGAGCGUCUGCUAGCACCUUGA